AUUUUUCCACCAUGGGCUCCAGACCAAUAGACCCAAAGGAACUCCUGAAAGGACUGGAUUGUUUCCUUGGAAAAGAUGGAGAAGUAAAAACUAACGAAGGCAUUACUAAAAUUUUCAACUUGAUGAAAGAUGCUCAGAAGAUGGUCAGUCGUUGUAUCUACCUGAACAUCUUGUUACAGACCCGGACACAAGACAUCCUGUCAAAGUUCAUUCAGGCCGGUGGCUACAAACUCCUCAACACCUGGCUGACCAGCUCAAAAGCUGCUAACAAUGUGCCGCUGCUUCAGCAAAUUCUGCUCACGUUGCAGCACCUGCCCCUUACAGUAGACCACCUGAAACAGAAUAAUACUGCCAAGCUGGUGAAACAGCUCAGCAAGUCCAGUGAGGAUGAAGAGCUUCGCAGGCUGUUAUUCAUAUUAGUUUCAAGCUACUGGAUGGGUACUAUCUCAGUUUUAGAAAGAAGUAUACAACCUACAGCUGAGACGGGAGAAAAGAGGAAAGAGGAGAGUAAAAGCAAAGCAGCCGUUCAAGAGAAGCCUCAGGAGGCCAAAUCAGAAGCCAAGCCCGAGGAGAUCCCUGAGAAAAAGAAAGAAAAACCGAAGUCUUUACGCACUACAGCACCCAGCCAUGCCAAGUUCCGUUCAACUGGUUUGGAAAUGGAGACUCCGUCGCUCAUUCCUUCAAAGAAGAAUGCCAGCAUGGCAGUAACCUCGGAGAAAUACAACAUUAAGCCAAUACCACUGAAAAGACAGAGCGUAUCUGUGCCAGCUGGAGACAACCCACCAGCUGAGAAGAAAUACAAGCCUCUCAACACCACUCCAAAUGCUACGAAGGAAAUUAAAGUGAAGAUCAUCCCCCCACAACCGAUGGAAGGCUUGGGCUUUUUGGAUGCCCUAAACUCUGCGCCUGUCCCAGGGAUCAAGAUCAAGAAGAAAAAGAAAGUCCUGUCUCCAACAGCUACUAAGCCAAGUCCUUUUGAAGGGAAGCCAGUCCCAGAGACCAGUACUCCCAAGCCGUCUUCACCAGAACUGAACCCUGCAUCGGAGCCUAUGGAUACAGAUAGACCUGGCACCCCAGUACCAGCUGUGGAGGUUCCUGAGCCCAUGGAGACAGGCUCUUCUGAACAGGGUGGGUUGCUCGAUGCUAAACCAGUGGAGAGCCCUGUUGAUUCAACGCAGCUGACAAAGAAGGGGAAGAAGAAGAAGACAGUGAGCUGGCCUGAAGAGAGUAAAUUGCGGGAAUAUUUCUACUUCGAACUGGAUGAGACGGAGCGUGUCAAUGUGAACAAGAUCAAGGACUUCGGAGAGGCAGCCAAGCGAGAGAUGCUGAAGGACCGCGAGGCCUUUGAGACUGCCCGUCGGCUCAGCCACGAUGCCAUGGAGGAGAAGGUCCCGUGGAUCUACCCCAAGCCCAUUGACUUGCUGGCCCCACUGGUGCAGCCAGGAAGUGGCAGCCAAGAGAAAUUCGCUCAGGCUGAACGAGAGAAAGGCAUUCUGCAGGAGAUAUUUCUCUCAAAAGAGAGUGUUCCUGACAGCCCUCACGAGCCUGACCCAGAAUCCUAUGAGCCAGUGCCACCCAAGCUCAUCCCUCUGGAUGAGGAAUGCUCCAUGGAUGAGGCUGCCUACGAGGAGAGACUCGACCCAGCCACCGCCUCGCAGUCUCCGGAUGGAGCUGGGGGCUCCAAGCUGCCCCCGGUCCUGGCCAACCUCAUUGGCAGCAUGGGGGCAGUCAAGAACCCGCAGGGCCCUAACCCCAACUCCUCUCUCAACGUACAAGAGAUCCUCACCUCUAUCAUGGGAGGCUCAAACAAUCACAAGACAGAAGAGCUGAUGAAGCAACCGGACUAUUCAGACAAGAUCAAACACCUGCUGGGCAACUUGCAGGGACAGCCAGGAAUGGGUCCGUCGGGAGUUCCACUUCUUGGACCGGGACCUGGCCCAGUUCCCAAUGGAUUCCCCCAAGGGCCAAAAAACAUACAGCACUUUGGUCCUGGAGGGCCAGGACCCAUGCCUGGACACCAUGGAGGCCCAGGAGGCCCUAACAUGCCCCCAGGUCCUGGUGUGCCAAGUGGGCCUCGAAUGAUGGGCCCGCCACCUCCUCAGUGUAAUGACGGAUACUGGGACCCUCCUGAUAGUGGAAUGCGUGGUGGGCCCCAUGGAGGCAUGAGGGGUGGCAGCCCUGGCCCUGGCCCUGGCCCUUUCCACCGUGGGCGUGGUGGCAGAGAGCCCCCCUAUCGUGGGCGAGGAGGUGGACGCAAUAGUGGGCCCCCCAACGGCAGGAGUGGACCUCCGAACAGCAACAUGGGUGGCGGACACGGAGGAGGACACGGAGGAGGUGGUGGACACGGAGGGGGACACAGCGGUGGAGGCCAUGGAGGUCAUGGUGGAGGGGGCCACCCUGGGGACCACGGCAGGGGGCAUCCAGGAGGCCACCCUGGGGACCACGGCAGGGGAUAUCCAGGGGACCACGGCAGGGGGCAUCCAGGAGGCCACCCUGGGGACCAUGGCAGGGGACAUCCAGGGGACCACGGCAGAGGUCACCCAGGGGACCACGGCUGGGGGCACGGAGGAGGCCACGGAGGAGGCCAUGGAGGAGACAGGUCGAAGCGCCCCGUGUGUCGUCAUUUCACCAUGAAAGGCAGCUGUCGAUACGAGAACAACUGUGCCUUCUAUCACCCCGGAGUGAACGGGCCACCCUUACCCUAGUCGCAAGGACCCUUCCUCUCUGCCUCUCUCCGUCAACUGUGGUGGCAGCGCACAUUCCCGUUGCCAUGGACUACAUGGGGGCUUGAACCUCAGUUCUGGACUCUUGUUGCAUCCACCACUUUAUGGCUUCUGUGAGGCCCUUUGAAUGCUUGGGGCAAGGGGAGGUGGCUGAUCCCUUCUGCCACGUUUGCUGCUACUGGUGAAAUGCCACAACCCCCAAAAGAGGAACCACUGCAAGGAAUCUUCUCCUUAUUCACAGCGCAAGGAGGCAACCAAUGACUUGAAAGCACAAGAGACUUACAGAUUUUUUUUUUAAAAAAACUAUUCGUGUAAAUAUCCCUGUGAAAACCAGCAAAGGACAAGGGGACGCUCCACCACUCAGUCCUACUUGGAUUCUGCGUUGUAUUUGGCCUCCGGCACCAGACUUGCACUGAGAACUUUUGCUUUGGUCUGGAGGAAACAGCAGAAAAGCUAUUGCCCUUGUAGGAACGUGUGCGAGGCAGGGUUGAAAGUGAAGCAGAUGCCCGUAGAUCACUUGGCUGUACUGUGCGGGAUCUUUACUGUGCCUGAAGACCACGUGGGUUGUGGGGAUUUUAGCAGCUUCCCCCCCCCCGCCCCCCUUGCACAUUGUCCUCUUUACCCAAGGUGCCCCCUGCAGUAACCCCCCCACUGACUGCAGAGAUAAAAAAUUUCUCUUGGUGCUAAAGCUGUCAUUGGGGGAAAUCUACCACCUGUUUUCUAUGAAAACUCUACUCUUAUAAUUUGGGGGCGAGGGGUGACUUUUGUUUUCCUGAUUACAUUAUCGUUGGCUGCAGGUUUUUUUUAAGAAAAACUGGCUCUCAAGAUGUGGACUCAUCACUACAUCUUUUGUCUCUUUCCCCCUCCCCCCAAAAAAGUGGGUGCAGCAAUCCCUUUCCUGAGGAGAAGAGAUGUUUCCCUCUCUGUUUUGUAUAUUUUGUAUAUUAGUAAUAAACAUGGUGGAAAAAAAAGAAAUUCUCUAACUUAA